UCCUUGCUGCUUUGCACUCUCUUUUCUCUACCCCAAGUGGGAGGAGCUCCCGGAGGUUCCAGUCAAGCGGAAAUCGCCAACACCAGAAAGCUUUUCAAAAGUGUCGGGAUCCCGAGGAGUUCUCCAGAAGCAAGAGGAGGAGCUGCCCGGAGAACUUGUGGUUCUGGAAGAGGAAGCAGCAGAGGAAAGUUCCUGAACCCCUUCUAAGUGCCGAGACCGCGCUGAAAUCCCAGCGAACAGAGAGGCAUAGGGUCGGCAGCCGUGACCCAGAGGAGAGCCUGUUAUUUUGUGUUUUCUAGCGCCAGCCUGCGCCAGUGGCUGGGAGAAAAGAGAGACCGGGAAAGGCUCGAAGGCAAACCGGGGCUAAAGAAAGAGGCUCUUUUCCUAUAGCGGAGGGGAGGGAGCUGUCCCCGGCCUCUGGUGCUGAAAGGUCCUACCGCUGUGGAAGAAUGUUCGAGGAACACUGAACACUCAAGAAACUUUUGUUGGCUUCUGUUGUCAACAAGGAGCAAGCGGGAGGUGGUCAAAAGGCUACCCUUUAGCACGUUACGGCCUGCAGGUCUGAAUCUGAACUCACAAAUUUGUUCCCAUCUAGAACCCUCAAUUCCACGUGCAAAAGGUCAAGGGAUGACCAAACUCUACAGCAAGUCCAAAGAAAUGGCCGAGCUCAUAUCAUCUCAACCAUGGAUAGAUGAAGCCCUAAGCUCCCAAGAUGAGAUGAAGGAAGAAGAUAGCAGGCAAGCCUCCUAUGGGAUACUUGCUGGACUUAAUGAAGAGCAUGACAGUAUUGAGGAGGAGGAAGAGGAGGAGGAAGAUGGUGGGAAGCCAAAAAGAAGGGGCCCAAAGAAGAAGAAGAUGACCAAGGCAAGAAUGGAGAGGUUCAGGGCCCGCCGGGUGAAGGCUAAUGCCCGGGAGCGAACACGGAUGCAUGGGCUCAAUGAUGCUCUGGAUAACCUUAGGCAGGUGAUGCCCUGCUACUCCAAGACACAGAAGUUGUCCAAAAUUGAGACACUCAGACUUGCCAGGAACUAUAUAUGGGCUUUGUCAGAGGUCCUGGAAAGUGGGCAGACUCCAGAAGGGAAAGGUUUUGUCGAGAUGCUAUGUAAAGGUUUGUCCCAACCAACCAGCAACUUGGUGGCUGGCUGCCUGCAGCUGGGACCUCAAACCCUGUUCUUGGAGAAACAUGAGGAGAAAAGCCCUGUCUCUGACUCAGCUGUGCCCAGCCACAGUUUUUCUUACCAGUCUCCUGGGCUGCCCAGUCCACCGUACGGAAACAUGGAGGCCCACCUUGUACACCUAAAGCCUCCCACAUUCAAAAGCCUUGUGGAUCCGUCCUUUGGCAACCACCACCAAGACUGCACAUCUCCGGCAUAUGAGGGCCCCUUGACACCUCCCCUGAGCAUCAGUGGAAAUUUCUCCCUAAAGCAAGAUGGUUCUCCAGACCUGGAAAAAUCAUACAGCUUCAUGACCCACUACCCAUCUGUUAGCUUGAGCAGCACUCAUGGGCACAGCUCUCAUUUCUCAACCUCAGUGCCCAGGUAUGACAUCCCCAUAGAUAUGAGCUAUGACUCCUAUCCUCAUCAUGUGGUUGGGGCCCAGCUCAAUGCAAUAUUCAGUGAAUAACCCAAGAAGAUGAAUCCCUCAUGGAUUAAAGGAAUACGAUCCUUUGUAGAGAUGGCGUGGCAUCAGUAGAAUUAAUACUGUGAAAAGGAGUUUACUUGCUCUACUAUGAUCAGAAUAGUUUCAUGGGCAGUCAUACCACAUUCGUCUGAGCACAAAUAUAUUUUAGUUGUGUUGGUUUAUGGGCUUUCAGACAGGUUCCCAUUCCUAAAGUGCAGCUCCAAAUUUCUUCAUGGUUUUUGUAUUUAGGAUGCAGACACAACAUUUACAGUUAACAAUGGAGCUGAUUUGGAGUAUCCUCAUUGCAUCCACUACAAACACCCCCCCCCUUUCCAGGGUCAAACACUGGAAUGAAAAUGGCUCUGCAUGCUUGCAGCAGAAGCUGGCAGUGGGUGGUGCUGAUUAACUAUCACCCAUGACAUCACCAUUACACCACCAUAUUCAGUUCCCAAAGCAGCCUUGCAAAUGCAAUUAAAAAGUUUUUUUUUUAAAAAAAGGUGGAUUGUUAAUAUAUAAAUUAAUAUGAGUACAUAAAAUAAAAGUUGGAAAGCCCACUCAAUGCAAUGGGGAGAGGCAGGCAGCUGACUGAUUAAUCCAAUGUUAUUUCUGCCAAGCAAACUGGAGUCAGAGUCACACCACAGGCAAAGAAACUGUUGUGUCUUCUCUUUCUUCACAUUUAGAUUUGCCAUUUUGCCCUAAACUGAGUGUUCAGGGCUUCCACACAAAUCUGCAGAACACAUUGCCAUGAAACCAGGCACAAAGCUGGUAUAAAAAGUGUGGUGUAGGGCUUAUGCAAAAGCCUGGGGAAUGGGAAGACAAAGUAUUAUUAUCAUAGUGCAUCUGUCUUCCUGACCUUUCUCUUCCCCUUCCUUUCACCUCUCCAAAUCAAGGAUGGGGAACCCAGGGCCACCCAGAUGCUAGAGUUCAGUUUCCUUCAGCCUCAGACAGCAUGGCCAGUGGUCAAGGAUGAUGGGAGUUUUAAUCCAGUGAUAUUAGAGGGGCACAGGCUCCCCAUGCUUGCUCUAAAUAAUAGACUGCAGAAGGGGAUAGAGUAGUAUCUACAUGGGACCUUCGGGUGGUGGGGGUGGGUAAUACAAUGAAAUAAUGACAACCCUUUGCAGCCACCCUUUUUGAUUUAUGGCUCUCCCAUAAAAUUCCUCUGAGGAGGGAAAUAUAAAUCUAUGACCGUUGCCCCUGCCCUAGUGCAAAACUUAACACCAGCUCUAACAGAGGUGUGUGAGACACCUAUUCCCCCCCCCCACUGCUUUAAGCUUAUUAAAUUUAUCACAAUUCUUUAGACUCACCUAGAUCAGCCUUUCAGAUGUUUCACUUCCGAAGGCACCUCCAUUUUGGCCUUGAUUUUUGUAGUAAGACAAAAUCAAUGCCAGCCCUAAAGAAAGUGGCGAAGUUCAUAGACUCCCAUUUCUCGUGACAGUCUUUAGUUCCCCAGAAGUCAGAAAAGAGCAAUUCCCAGGAAGGAGACACCAGAGAGAUUCUGCCUGCUCCCUGUGAAAAAAACAACCGAUGUGAAAUCAUGCUGGACAGGAAGAACACUUGCUCCUUCCUGUCCACUAGGAACGACAGGGUUUUGCUAAUAGGGGAAAUAAAGUUAAGAGAUCCUUCUUCCAACCCAACAGCUUUAGUCUGGAUAAUACUUAGCACCAUGAAAACACACACACACGUAUGGGGCAAACCCUGCUACAGACUGUCAUGAUCGCUUUAGACCAAAUGUGCUUGGCCUACAGCUCCUAUCUUCCUAUGCUAUUGACCAUGCUAGCUGGGGCUGACUGGGGUUGGAGUCCAACAACAGCUUGUAGGUCACAGGCCCCUGUUUCUGAUUUUGACUCUGCAACCACACUUUCCAGUUUUGGGAAGCAUCCUCACUCCACUGAAUCAUAAAUCUUCAUCCCAUAUGUUCAACCACCUGAAAUCCCAAAUAGUGUCUAGGAGAAUUAAGCAAAUGAUACAGACUUCAGGCUUCAGGCUUCUUCCCAAGGGGCUUUGGUGAAAACUGUAGGGAGAAAGAAAGAGUAACAACACUCCUGAAAAUGUAUUAGGCAGUAGCUCCUCCCAGCAGCAGCCACAUAUGAGUCAACAUCUUCUCAUACACUAAGAGGAUUCACAUAUAGGAGCUCACAAUCACCAGUGCACCUUAUAGCAAGGAUGCUCCUAAAGCGCAAUGUCUCACUUUCAAUAUGAAUAUCACACUGAUUUAUCUCCAGCUCCUCCAUUGCCUAGCCUGUGUGUGCAAUGUGGCAUUGGUAAUUCAUGACUUCAGUAUAGCAGCAAUAAAUGGAAGGCUAGCCUUCUCCAGUCCAGACCAGCUGCAUCACUUCUGUUGCAAGAUACAAUGUAGUCAUUCAUUCUUUCACAAUAUUGAACUAAACCUCAAUGGGUGGAUCUUCAAUCUUUCCAGUCGAGCAAGAGACUCACACCCCACCACCAUUU